AUGAAUAACUCUGUCCAACUGUUGAAAGGUAGACCGUAUCUGUUGCUCAUUGGCUCCUCUGUAUUGGCGCUGCUCCUCGCUGGCUACCUGGCACAGCAGUACCUACCGCCACCCAAACCCAAAGUGAUCGGCGUGGACCUGGGCACCACCUACUGCUCGGUCGGUGUGUUCCUGCCGGGAUCCGGGAGAGUGCUGGUCAUCGCCGACAAGGCCGGGCGCAAGAGCUUACCGAGCGUGGUGUCGUUCACCGGGCGGGAGGUGCUGGCCGGAUACGCGGCACAGGAGCUGGCAGACGUCAACCCGCUCAACACCAUCUAUGACGCCAAGAGGUUUAUCGGGAAACUUUACACACCCGAGGAGCUGAGAAAUGAGAGCAGCCGAUACCAGUUUAAGGUGUUGUAUAACGAGGGACGUGCAGAGUUCUCGGUCCCCGCAAACGAGACUUGGCGGAUCACGCCGGAGUUUGUGGGCUCCCGACUGUUGCUGGAGCUGAAGAGGAUGGCGGAGGAGCAGCUGGGGAUCCCGGUCAGCAAAGCGGUCAUCUCGGUUCCCGCGGAUUUCGACGAGCGGCAGAGGAACUACACCGUCAGGGCGGCGAAGAUGGCAGGGCUGGAUGUGCUGAGGGUGAUCAAUGAGCCCACCGCGGCAGCGAUGGCUUACGGGCUGCACAAGGCGGAGGUUUUCAAUGUGCUGGUGGUGGACCUGGGCGGAGGGACUCUCGACGUGUCGCUGCUGAUCAAGCAGGGAGGCAUGUUCCUCACCAGAGCCAUGGCAGGUAAUAACCAGUUGGGAGGCCAGGACUUCAACCAGCGUUUGCUGCAGUUCCUGUUUGAGCGCGUACACGAGCGACACGGAGUUCUGCCGUCCCACCAGCAGGACAUCCACCGCCUGCGUCAGGCUGUGGAGGAGGCCAAGCUGAACCUGACCGUGGCCAGCUCUGUGUCUCUCCGUGUCCCCCUCUCCCUGUCGCGCCCUGGCGGGGACAGGGUUGGGGAAGAGGAGGAGGGCGGAAGGGCCGACGAGGGGGAGGAGAAGGAGGAAGGGACUCGCGUUUGGUUCCGAGAAACGGUGACCAGGGAGCGCUUCGAGGAGCUGAACCAGGACCUGUUCCAGAAGAUCCUGCUCCCCAUCGAGGAGGUGCUGCGGGCAGGACGGCUGGACAGGCACCGGGUGGACGAGAUCGUGCUGGUGGGCGGCUCGACCCGCAUCCCCCGCAUCCGGCAGGUCAUCAGGGAAUUUUUCGGCAAAGAGCCUAACACGGCGGUGGACCCGGACCUGGCUGUGGUGAUCGGCACCGCCAUUCAAGCCGGCAUCAUGGGCGGUUCCUGGCCACUGCAGGUCAGCGCCUUGGAGAUCCCUAACCGCCACCUCCGCAAGACGAACUUCAGCUAGUGACGCGCACGAGGGACCUGGAAGGACACGGCACCUUUGUCCCGUUCCCAACCACAACAUUUCCCAACCCCCCUUCACUCUGUGGUUACUUUGGUUAAUUUGAUCACUUCAGGCCAGUGGUCAGUGUUCAGUGGCCGCCUUCUGCCCGCAAAGAAAAAAAAACAAUUCACUGUACGGUGUAUUUGUGCGAUGCGCUUUCAGACGUCUCGAAGACGCCAUGAAAGCGCAGUGUCAAAUGCGAGGAUUAUUAUUAUUGUUGUUACCCAUCGGGAGUUAAUGACACGAGAUGUUAAUAUUAAUAAUAUUAAUAUUUCUCCCUUAAGAUCUCUCAAUCUCCCUUAAGGUAAU